AUGCCAUUGACUGAAUUGGCAGCAGAUGAUGUCGCUCGUAGUGCAUCACUUGCCUCUCGUCGCCUCGCGACCUUAUCCAACGAUGCCCGCAAUGAAGCAUUGACGGCACUGCACCAUGCCUUGGAUGUCAACCGAAAAGCUAUCCUUGCUGCCAAUGCUAAAGACUUAGAACUUGCCAACCAAGCCGCUGCCAGUGGUACACUGAGUCAUAGCGUUCUCAAGAGACUCGACCUGUCACGACCCGGAAAGUAUGAUGAUAUGCUUGAUGGAAUCUUGAGUGUGCGAGAUUUGGAUGACCCUAUCGGGAAAGUGACCCUACGAACCCUGCUCGACGAAGACCUGACACUGGAACGAGUCAGUUGUCCUAUCGGUGUUCUCCUGAUUAUCUUUGAGGCCCGACCAGAAGUGAUAGCAAACAUCGCUGCGUUGGCUAUCAAGUCAGGCAAUGCAGCUAUCUUGAAAGGCGGGAAAGAAUCCUUGGAAUCGUUUGCAGCAAUUGCAGACGUUGUCUCUUGCGCUAUUAAGGAUUCUCAGGUGCCAGUUGAAUCGGUUCAACUAGUCAAGACACGCGAUGCAGUGUCUUCUCUUUUGGCCCAAGAUUCGUGGAUAGAUUUGGUCAUCCCCCGAGGUUCUAACGAACUGGUGCGAUUCGUGAAGGAUAACACAAAGAUUCCCGUGCUGGGACAUGCCGACGGCAUUUGUUCUGCUUACAUCCAUGCUGACGCAAAUACCGAAACGGCUGUGAAGGUGAUUGUGGACUCGAAGACGGACUACCCAGCUGCAUGCAACUCAUUGGAGUGCUUACUUGUCCAUGAAGAUAUCCUUGAAACGGUUUUCCCCGAAGUAGCUACUGCUCUUUUGGACAAAAACGUGCGUCUUCGUUGCGACGACGCUUCUAAAAAAGCAUUGACGAAAAUCUUUUCGGCUGAGAAAUCAUCUCAACUACAAACGGCCACUGAAUCUGACUACAAGACCGAGUUCUUGGAUCUCGUGUUGGCAGUCAAGACGAUUCCUGCUACCAACCCCCCAUCGCAGCCGUGGAAACUGCUAUUGCUCAUAUCAACGAGCAUUCUUCUAAGCACACGGAUAUAA